AAAAAACCAUCAUGGCGGAUGAGACGACAAGUUCUGUUUCCAAGGUAAGCUGCCUAGAAAAUGACCGAAAAUUUGCUCUCGUUUCUCUCCUGUAUUCAUGAUAUCUAACUUUUGGUCAUCAGGGAUGCUUUCUGAUCAAGAAAUCUACAGCAAAGAGUCCAAGAAAGCGAAGUGCAGGUUUGAAUUGUAGUCGUUUCGAAGCCCGAGAUUUCAGGCACACAGCACACGCAAGCUUUCCUUGUUUCCAGACGACCCUUAAACGUUUGUUUAUACCCCGUGCUCUCCUUCUCUCUCUCAGCUCCUCCAAACACACACAUGUACACCCAUCCUGACAAAAAUGCCUGAAAAAUUCCUGAGAAGAUGGGAUGAGCAUGCUUGAAAUUUGCACCGUUCGAGAAAGAUUUAAUACCGUAAAAUUCCGAAAAUAAGCCCCUCCAUGUAUAACCCCAUCCAAAUAUAAGCCCCACUACACUCCCAACUCAAAAAGCCUUCCGUUAACAGCGUUAAAUUGCCCCUCCAAAUAUAGGGCCCCCAGAGGGCUUGUACUUGGAAAUUGCCCUCAAAUACAAAGUACAACAAAGAAAAAUCUCCUUCCAGGAAUAAGGCUAGCCCAAUCGAUUUUUAAACAAAAAUUUCCCUCCAUACAUAAGCCCCUCCGAAUACAAGCCCCUCCAAAAACAAGCCCCUCAAAAGAGUCUUUGAAAAAUAUAAGCUCCGGGACUUAUUUUCAGAAUUUUACUGUAUUUGGACAGUAUCAAAUGCAGACUGCAGACUGACUGCAGACCAUUGUUUUCAGUGUUAGAAAACAAUGGGAUUAUUGUUGUCAUGUUCUCAUUUGCAUGGUGAAGACAAUGGUCUGCAGCAGUCUGCAGUCUGCAUUUUGUGACUGACCGACGUAGUAUUCAUCAAGUUGACCACAAGCUUAAGACAAAGACAAAGUCUAACUCUCACUGUGGAUUUUAACUGGUGUUUUUUUUUAUGUUGGGGAAACCAUUGUUGGCUCCCCAUUCUCUUAAUAUUUUUCUCUGUUAUUUUCCAAAAGAAUGAAUCGCUCCUUACGGGAAACACAACACUCUCUGGGCAUGGUCUAGGUUCCUUUCGGAGCUUCUCUCUUGCUACUACAAACGCUUGCAAAAAUGUUGAGACACUCUGACAAAGAACCGACCUUUCUUACUUCAAAUCGCUGCUAGUCACACGUCUGUUGGAUAUAUUACACACCUCCCUCCUCCCCUCCAUUCAAAGUUGUUCCUCCAAGUUUUUUGAGCAUGGUCUUGUAUUGCCAAAAUAAGGUACAGUGUCUCCAGUAUUUUUGCAACUGGUUGUGGCAUCUUUUGGUUUUACUACUGAUUGCUGGUGCCCUUGCCACUCAAUAGCCUGUGAAUUUCUGAUAAUAAUGGAAAUUCUGCAUCUUAGGGAAGUGACAUCUGAAAAUAUGUCUGUGAUCCCAUCUAGCCACUCCACUGUUACUUAUUUAUUCACUCUUAAUGAAAAACAGGAUUUCAUACUAACAGUGUAUUUUAUCUUUGUAGAAGAUUACUUUCCUGAAGUUUGUGGUGAAAGUCACUCUCAUCGUAAGCUAAGAAAUGCAAAUUAUAAUGAAUGCUGGAAUUCUAUUAAAACGGAGAUUGAGGUAAGAGUUGAUUGUCCAUUUUUUUUAAAACCAUAUUCCUUUUACCACAUGUGAUAUCAUUGAUUUUUGCAGUCAUAGGUGACUGAGAUUUAACUUGUGCAGGGCAGGCAUUUUUUAAUGGAAACUCGGAGGAAGUAAGGGAGGAAAGUUGUUGCAAUGUUAAACUGAAGUGGCCGGAUACUGGGAAACAUACUAUAUUUGUGGUAGCUCAGUAAAUCUUCCUUUUACUAAUGCUCUUUUUUACCAGCUUUGACUCGGUAUAUUUCAGAUUUGACUUAUCUCUUUUCACUUUUUGCCCUCCCCUUCUUGAAUGCCAAAAACAAAAACCUCAGAAAAUCUCGGGAAAUCAGUUUUUGACUCACCCCAACUCUCUGUCAGUUUCAACAUCCAAGAUGGGAGGAGAACAUUCGUUCCUAAAAUAGUAUCGUCGUUUGCGCCUCAAAAUAGGCUUACAGGCUAGUGGAGGAGAAAGACGUCUUUCAAGCCAUACUUUAUCAUCAUCUCCACCUGGUCAUGCUAGUUGUACAGAUUGCCAAGACUUGCAUAUUUUCAUCCAUCCUGAUCAGUCAUUGCAUUGUGUAGGAAUACAAUAGGGUAUUCAGUAUUAGUAAAAUCCAACUAGUGGUCUAUUGUCAAUGCUGCAUUCUGUUUGGUUGAGCUACUACAAGGCUAUAAGUUAUAGCUCGCUAGUCGCUAAAAGCGCUGGCUUAUUGGCGGCAAAAAAGGAUUAAAGUCUGGCUUUAACUAGCUAAGGUUGUAUUGGCUCGAUAUUUUUGACCAACUAGUUGGUUUUUACUAAAACAAUUAUUCCGCUCUCCCUCAUGGCCUCUGAGUCAAUAGCCCAUUCGGCCUUCAGCCUCAUGGGCUAUUGACGCAGAGCCCAUUUGGGCUUGAGGAGUAAUUGUUAAAUAUCUUCUCGUAGUUGAUAUAUCUAUAUUAACCCUGGACCUAGUAAGAACUGAACUGAACUGAAUUUUUUUUUUUGAAGCAUCUACAGACACAGAUGAACAGCAAAAUAUUCUCCGAUCUUCUGGAAUUCAUAAAGUCUGCUCAUAAGAUGAGUUCUUUGGGUUCUGAGGGAUCUGCUGUUAUACAUGAAAUACCAACAGCUGCACUUAUAACUGGUAAGUGUAUUUAGACUUCUUUACCCUUUAAGUCCCAAAGGUGACCAACAUCAAUUUUCUCCUAACCAUAUCCAUAGAUUAUCCAGAGAUUAGGUUAUAAGAAUUAAUAAACUGAUCACCUAAGAGAAAAUGCUUUGAUCUUUUAUCAAAUUUUCUCAACACAUUCUUUAAGGAAAUGUAUAGAGAUCAGUUUGGAGAAUUUGUAUGUGGAUAUUGGGGCUUAAAGGGUUAAUACAGUGUAUAAGUCAAAACAGAUUCAAGUGACUGUUAUCAAAACCAACAGUGACUCAGGGUGCAAAGAAAGUCACUUUUACAGCCUGCCAUUUGGGCAAGCUGUAGCUAGCAUGUACUAGCCCACAAGUCAUUUCAAAUAGUACCCCAAAACCCUUUUUGAUUAGCAGAAUUGAUUACAAUCCUUCUGUAAUUUGAAUUUUCAAAAAAAACAGCACUUGCCCAUCUGGCAAGUUAAGAACAAAAAUCACUUGUCGGAUAGCAAAACCCAUUAGCCCCAGGCUAUCAGACAUGACUUUCUUUGCUUGCUGGGCUGUAGCGGUUGGUUUCCCCGUUUUUGUUUUCCCCCUCUUCAAGGUCACAUGGCCUUGUCAUUGGUUGUGCUUGUUAUUUUGUAGUUUUGGGUGUUCACUCAAAGUGAUGAUCAAAUUAUGACCAAAAAUCUAAACUGAAUUACUGCUUUGUUGGGGAGCACUGUAUUGUUACAACAGUGUUUUAUAAAUUAUUGGCAUGACUCAAAUCUUGUAACCAUCCAUUGCAGUGAAAAUUAAGGUACGGUUACAGAGUGAAAAAUUUGAAUGAACCAAUGUGAUCUGGAAGCAAAUUGAUACCAAUGUGUUAUCCAUUACUUUGCACCAAAAACAAGCCUGGUUACUAUAAUUGCAAAGCACUGGAAAAAGGUUGUGUAUACCCUUUCAGAUGGGUUGAAAGUACACGGAAUUAACCACAAUUUUUUUGUUUUUAGGCAGGUAACUUUAUUUAUUCAUGGUAUUUUCUUUAGGUGCAUUUACUCCCUAGUAUAGAAAACUAACUAAACUAGAAUCUAAGGGCGUUCUCCAUUCGUCAGAACUAACUGGCCAGACCAUUCCCGUCGCAAUGAUAAUUUCUAUUUUAAUCAAAACUCUUUGGCCAGAUCAGUCAAAUCCUGAAUAGUAUGCACAAAGGAGAUGGUUUUUCAGCAAAAACUCUUGGAAAAAGCCUAUUUCAUUAUCAAUCAAACUGACUGGUCAGGUAAUGGUCUGGCCAGCCAGUUCUGAAAAAUGGAAAGUGCCCGAAGAUAAAAACUAAAAAAAAUAAAAUAGUGAGCUUGUAUUCAUUCUCUCUUACAAACAAAAUGCAAAGUCAGAUAUUCAGGAGCCAUGUUAUUUACAAUGCUAUACAUCAUUAAUAUUUUUGCUUUACUAUUAACUACACAGUGAUGGACAAGCUUUGACCACUUUAAAUUUUGAAACAAUUGACAAGUACUGCAUGUCAUAACUGGAGAAAGUUACAAUGCGAGCAGCACAAAUUAUUCUGUAGUUUCUGCAAUUUAGAAGAAAAGUUCUUAGAACAGUUUCCCCAUUCUACAUUACAUCAGUGUUCAAUCUAGAAAUUAGUCAAAGUGGGUCAUAUGUCUCACAUGGCAUUUUAAAUUGGAUCAUUUCAAAAACGGUCUGGGUUAGACUAUGAUAUUGAGACUUUGAACAGCUUUGAACAACCGAUACCACCAAACUGACUUCUCCAGCUUCACUGCCAUCCUUUUCCAGCCCAUCUUCAUGCUUUUCAGGUUCAACUGCCAUUUUCUUUAGCGUAAAAAAUAAACUUAGCUUUUUGUUGUCCUUUCAUAAUUAAACGAAAACAAAAGAACAAAGUUAACAGAUGAAGCGUGAAUCACUUGGCAAAGCAACGUAUACAUAUACUAUGCACCAGUCUCCCCCUAAAAGUGGAUGGAAUAUCUGACACAAAAACCACUUGUAAAGCACAUACACUUGUAGUGUGAAAUGACAGUCAUUUCGCAUACUCAUUUCGGGCAAGUAAGCACACCGAUUUUUUUCAAUCAACAAAACCCUUUGUUUUUUGACAGCUAUCCUUCAUCAGAUCAUCUUAUUUGGGAACAUGACCACUUAUAGUUUCUUUUGUUGACGUCUUUGGUCACACAAAAACUUGUACUUGUCUCAGGCACGAUCAAGGUUGCAAAAACGAAAAAUUGGUGACAACAAAAUUUUCAAAUGUUUUUGCAAACCCCAACUCUAUUUUUCUGUCAUAGUGCAAAUGGGACCUUAGUCUGGCCAGCCAGGUCUGACAAAAUUAAUGGUAAGCACCCUCAGAAAGAGUUGACUGUUAUAAAUGUUGUAUAAUUUGCAGGUGUGAACAUGCCAGAUCAUGAUGUGAUAUUUUCUGAACUGGCCAAAGAACUCAGAAACCAGGUGACUCCCUUUGUAGCUCUGCUGAGGUCCAAAGAUUGUACAGGUGUGGAGAUACAUUUUUAACUUAAUUACAUCAUUGGAUGAUAAUUAUUGGGCUGCCUAUGGCAACCUAGUCAUAAAUUGGGACUCAUUGUUGUGGUCACAAAAAGACAAAAUAGCAGACAGAUCUCCCCGAUGGCAUUGCAUGCCCUGUUCCCCCUGCCAUCAAUUCCACGAAUAGGAAAAUAUAAAUAAGCAAAUUAACCUUUUAAAACAAGAAAAAGACGGGUAUUGUUUUUAACUGAGACUUUUCCACAGUGCACCCCCUCCACCCCCCAUCCCUGCCCCCAAAAUAUAGCAUGACAGUAUAACGUGACUAAUUUGAUGUAACUGUAAAAUCCAAACAUUAUUGUUGUUUUAUGCUUAUAACAUGUGACAGGGUCAACUUUUGUUGUAUUUGAAUACCGUUAUAUAGCAAUAGUUUUCUGUUUCUUAAAACUUCCAAGGAAAAUUAAGUUUGUUUUGUCUGAUAUUGCAUUUAAAACUCUUCUAACUAUCUGGGUGAGGGUGUUUCUGUUCCACAGGGCAGCAGCCCAAUUCACCGUCAUUAUGGGGGGAGGGGGAGUGGGUCUUGUUUUUUUUAUAUCAAAUUUGUUACUUUUGUAGUGGAUUACUGAAUACUUGAAGAUAAGAGCUCACGCUAUUUGUACCAACUGUUUUUUUAGUAUUUACAGCUGUCCGUUUUGUUUACUUUUUUGCAUGGUAUCAUUGUUUCAGUUAUGAAAGCAACCAUGAAAAAUGUGAUAUCACAAUUUAUUGGUCAUGAAGUGCAGGUAAUUUAAGUCGUGAUAUUAACAUUCAUCCAGGGCUACACUGAUAACAGUUGUUGAUUGUCUUUGUUGGUGUUUCCUUUGUGUGUUUUAAAAUUUGCUGUUCAAUGUUUUUUUUUUUUUAAUUAUUUUUUACUAAUCAUAGGACUUAAAAAAAUGUGAAUUUCCAGCUGACUGGAGAUCUAACCACGCUAAAGACUUUUAACAUGAUUUUACUUUAAUUUCCUGACAAAGGAAGAGGAUGAUUCUACUCCAACUGAACGAGGAAAAAAGAUCAGCAGUUUUACCAUGCCUGUGCUAUGUCACUGGUAUAAGAAAAUCACAAAGGUUUGGAAAUAUUUAUGAAUUUUUCAUUUAACUAUUUUUCAUUUUAAAACAAAAAUUAACAAUAUGAAAGAAACUUGAAGUUUUGAUUGCUUCGUGUCAUCAUUAUAUAAAGAUAAGAAGUUAACAUGACUCAUAAUAAUAUUUAUAGAAAAAGAAAGUGCAAAAAGUGCGUGUAAAUUUAAACUUAAAAAUGGACAAAUUACAAUUAAAUAAAAAGUUUUGCAUGUAAAAUUUUAUUUUUUUGAUAAUACAUCAUGACAUGAAGCCAUCAAAACUUCAAGUUUCUUUUAAAUCAUUAAUUUAUACAACUUAAUAACUAAAGACAACUUAGAUUUCUGAAUUUCCCUUUUUUUAACCUUACAGUGGCCAUGUUGUAGUCAAUUUUUUUCCUCAGGUAAUUUUUAUAUUUAUUUUGUUUCAACUUCAUAAGCUUACAUCACCAUUCCCCAAAACAGAAAAAAAAAAUUAUGUGAGAUAAAAAAUUUUAAAACCACAACAGCUAUGUUGUAGGAAAAGUCAAUCUCAGGUUAAACUGGUAAAUUAACCUAUAUUUGAUUCAGAUUUUCCUUUGUUUCCUAAAUCUUCAUUCAUGGGAGACAAAAAAUAUCCUGGUUUAACCUGAGAACGGAUUUAACCUAUGCAUGAACCCUUUACUCUUUUUAUCUGGAAGUACACAGUAAUUCUAAACACCACAGACCUUAGGUACUUAAUAUAAACUAUUUUUAACUAUUUUUAACCAAGUCAGCCUGAGCCUCUUCACAGGUUCAGUUCAAAUAUAAUAUGUACAAAUUAUAAACAUUUUAAAUGCAAUAUUACAGUUUCAAAGCUCAAUUUCAAACAUUUACUGACAGCAUCCUGACAACAUAACCUGAUCAAGAUUCCUUUUAUUGAGGGACUUAUAUAAAUUUUUGAAAGUAAGUAUGAACAAAGUAACUUUUUUGUAAAUGUGCAAUUUUUAAAUGAUUGCACAGUAAUUAUCUCUUGUUCUCUGUGUUAAUUACAUACUGAACAAAAGUGAAGCUAACUUUAAUAAUGAAAAUGUCUAAAAAAAGUGUUACCUUUACUUCUAUAACAUUAUUAAAGAAAACAUUUCUUUUAAGGCCAGUAUUUCCGGCUUUUGAAUGUUGUUUUGUAUACUGAUUAAAUUGUGCUGUAUUAUUCAGGUAGAUAUUAUUAAAUUUAAAACAAAAAAUAACAGUAAUACCUUUUCACUCAAAUGAGGAAUAAAUAUAGGAUCAAAAACUUAUUAUAUUGAUAAUAAUUAUUGCUAAUUAAAAGGAAAAUGCUAAAAUUAUACAAAAAUACAUUUAAAACAGUGCUAGCUUUUUUUUCUAAUUUUCAUUCAUUUUCUUGUCAUAUUUAGUUUAUUUAGAGGAAAGACCACACUUCAGGCUAAAUAUUAUUAUAAACUAUUGUCUUUUCAGCAAGAUGACCCAAAAAAAAGGCGUAGCUCUCAACGACCUCAGUAUUCAGGUAAAUAAUGUGAUCUGAAAACACAUUAACUGCACCUCUCAAGAACUCAUCUGGUCAUGUUUGUGAUCCAAGAUGUGAAGAAGUGUUGGUUCUAGAGGAGAUGGGGAGGACGGAUAAGAUCCAACAAAAAUUCAACCCACACAAGGCACUAGGCUGAUUUAGCAACAGAACAGGAACGUCAGUUGACGACGGCGAGCGCAAAUUAAACAACUGGCUUGACCAAUGGCAGAGCGUCAAAUUGGGCACCGGAAGUCGUGUCUAUUCCUUUCUGCGCACUUUCCCGUCGUCAACUGACAUUCCCGUCUUGUUGCUAAAUCAGCCUAUUGAUGCCAAGACCUGGACCUCUGCCCCAUGUUGGUGCAGUGCUCCAAGCUCAACUUUUUGACAGUUUUUUGGUUUUCAAACACAGAAUAAUUUGCUCACCAGAAAAUAACUAAAUAAAUAAGACAAAAAAAGAAAAAAGGCAUACAUCACACUCUUUUCAUUACUGCACUCCUGAGCUAUGUUUGAUGUGUGGAUAGGAAAGAGGUCAAAUGAGGACCUUGAAUGUUAUUGAGUUUCCAUGUAAGCUAUGUGUUCAAAUAUAAGUUUAUAUCAUCCAAAUUCCUUUUAAUCUUGUAGAUCAUCCUCCUUUGGUUGUCAUCUUUGAAGACUUUGAAGGUUUUUCUCCUGCCGUUGUUCAAAAUUUUGUCUCAAUUUGCAGGUAUCACUUGAAGUGAUUAGUCACCUUUUGGUCUGACUUAUAGUGUACAUAUAGUGUGAGAGUUAUUUGUAGUAAUAGACAGAGAACAAGAAUCGCGCAGCUCAAAUUCUCAACAUUUUUAAAGAUGUUUGUAUGCUAUGGGGAACUAAUUUGGCCCCAACCAUACAAAUGUCUGUAAAAUUUAGUGACUAUGGGGAGCUAUAACUAUUUUUUUCCUUCCAAAUCAGCAAAAUUUUAGACAUAUUGCUUUAGAAAAACAUUGUCCUGCAUUUUUUUCGCCAGAUUAUCCUUAUUUGCAAGAGAAAACGUAUGCAAAAAACCCAUCAGCAACCUUUUCAGUGGUAUUAACAGAUUUUUGCUAAAUGAUCUCCAUCAAAACUUGAAAAAAAACCAUGGAAGGGUUUAUUAACCUUUUAAGUCCCAAUGGUGACCAACAUAAAUUUUCUCCUGAUGAUAUAUAUACAUAAUCAAGAGAUUAGGUUAUGAGAAUUAAUAAAAUGAUCACAAAAGAGAAAAUGCCUUGAUCUUUUAUCAAAUUCUCUUAACACAUUGUUUAAGGAAAUGUAUAGAGAUCAGUUUGGAGAAUUUGUAUGUGGAUAUUAGGGCUUAGAGGGUAAGGAAACUUAUGUACAGUCAAACCUUCCUUUAUGGUCCACUGCUUAAUACAGACACCUCAUUAUUAUGGACAGUCUGCUUUGCCCACAGGGAAAGAAAGCCCUUACAUUGUCUCUAAAUUCAACCUGUUUAAUACGGACGCCUGUUAAUAUGGACAGUUUCUAUGGACCCCUCAGUUUCUUUAUUUAAACAGGGUUUUACUGUAUUUUGACAAGUUGGCUAGCUGUUUUUUUGUGAACAUGACCUUUACCUUCAGGCUUGCCUAACUAGCUACUGUCUCUCUUUCUUUGCAGUCUAUAUUUGAGUGAGCUUCCAUUGGUGUUAGUGUUUGGAAUUGCAACAGCUGUGACAACUGUCCACAGGGUUCUUCCACAUGCUGUUUCCAGUGUGUUAGCUAUUGAGAGAUUUCAAUCUCAACCAUCGCACAUCUGUGUUCUGGAGAUUAUCAACAAGGUAAUAUUAAAUUAUUAUAUUCUGGUGCGUAUUAAAAUGCCCAGCUACACAAAAAACAAAUUGUCCGUAAAAUCUGAACUAUCCCUUAAGAGUGUUAGGAAAGAAAUUAAUUUUAAUAAAGGUUUGUGUGUCGCUAUUAAAUUCUCAUUUUCCCCCCUUGUAUAGGAUGUCAUUUUUUAGUGUGGGCCUCAAAUAGCGUAUCAAUUUUCUUUUGUCUGAUCCAUAAAUAGGGUCAGGGUUUAAAUACCUGGGCGACACCACACCUAUCCAAAGUUUAUGGGAGUACCCAUCCCCCUCCCUGCGGAGUGCGACCUAGUAGACGCAGCAUUGGUUAUAGAUAGUGCCCAGUCUUUGCCCAACUUAUCAAUAUUAAUUUAUUAUGUAUUAUUAAUAUUAAUUUAUUAGUUAUUACUUUGAGUCUGUUUGUUUAAGGUGUUGAUGACUGCCAAGUUUCCUUUCAAGCUUGGAGCUAGAGUGUUCAGAUUUCUGUAUGAGAAUUUCCUUUUCCAUGAUUUCUCUCUUCAAAAUUUUGCCAGAGGACUUCAGGUACAUUGGUGUUUUAAAAUAUUAGUGAUGUAUCAUUAGCAGGGCUUGAAAUCACGACUGAUGCAGUCAUCAAUGCGAGUAACAUUUUCUCUGUGGCGCCUAAAAAUUCUGGUUUAGUGGCAACUUUGGUGACCAUGUUUCUCUAUGACUUAGAUGUAAAUUAAAAGAGUAAAGUUAAAACAAACAUUAAUUUUCAUCUUACUUUGCUUUGCUUGCGUCUUAAAAAAUGUGCCAAAUUGCAGAAAAAAAGCCAGUUUAUGUCCAAAUCUAUUCGGUGUUUUCAAACGAUCAAAUCUAAUGGAUUGCUCUAUACUAUGAGCUGCAUCAUUUACAUUAUACAACCUGGCAGCUAAAAAUUUACAUGUGGUGACUACAUUUCUCCAGUUGGUCGCCAAAGGUGAUCUGAGGAUUUUUUUAAUUUUGAACCCUGAUUGGAUGUUUGGUGUUCUCUUCUCUUUAGUCAGUCAAGGUUUAUCACUUCUUUUUUUAUGUAUUCAAGUCAUUUUUGGUUAAGCUUUUUCUUGUAUCACAUUAGUAGUUAAAAGAUAUAAAUUAUGUCUGCCAGGCUAGUUUAGGAUUAGCACGGUUGGUUGAUGUGCAACAUAGGGGGUAUAAUGAACACACUAUCAACCCCGUCAUUGUUAUAUUAAUCAGAUGAUGACCAUUUCAAGUCACACAUCAAAUAAGGAGCCUUUAACUUUUUUGACCUUUAAUUUCUCAUAUACCACUGGUAGCCAUGCCAAGCCAACCGCCAAGCCGACUGCCGCAGCCUGACCUUUAUUUUAAACUCCAAAAAUGCAUACAUAUCAUAACCUUAGAAAUUAAAGGUAGGACGCUAACAAAACUACAAAGUUACACCAUACAUUUAACAGCAUACAAAACUGAAAUCUUAGGGUGGGUGGGUGGGAAGUUCAGUAAUGGCGGACGCAACAAAAGCAACUGCCCGCCCUUCAGUCACAUGACCUAUACCCAGGCUCUCAGCGGUGUGUGAGAAAAACAUUUUCCACUUAAUUCGUUACACUCAGCCAGUGGAAAAUUACCCUUUACUUUUGCCUUUGAUUGACUGUUGUAUUCUUUACACUCCCUGGAACUCUGCAUACUCUAAUGAGGUUCAGAGUUUAGGGGGCUUCCUUUAAUUUUUCUUAUUGCACAGCCUUCAGAAGUUCUAAAUGUUAGUUUUGUUAUUGUUAUCUUUCAGUUUUGCCUGAUGGAGCACUAUUUUGAGAGCCCUCUGAGUGUUCUUUGCAGUGUUUCAGUAGACAGUAGAAAUGAUAUCCUGGAUCAAUUGAGUCAUAAACAAGUUGAGAUGUUCAGAAAAACUAUAUCUUUCCGUAGGUAAGGCUUUUUGAUUGCGUCCAACAUGUGUCUGUUGGUAAGUUUCCUAUAAAACACUGCCAGUGUCACUUCAUGUUUAUUGUAGGUAUGUCGAAGGUGAACCACCCUCAAAGCAACUUAAACUGUUACUGGAGGAUUCCUUCACAAAGGUCAGUCAUUUGAAUAAUACUUGAUAUUUAACAAUUAUUUCUCAAGCACAAAUGGCCCAUGGGCUAUUGACUCAGAGUCCAUGAGGUUGAGAGGAAUAAUAUUGUUAACUAAAUUUCAGAGAACUGAUCGACCCACGGAAGGUUAAUGAGUCUCUCAUUAAUCUGCUAUUGCAUCUCGGGAUCAAACCUACAUUCAGACCAUGAAAUGAGUAAGAACUUUCUCGCUUUCUAAAGAUUCUCUUAGGAAGGCAGGCGAGUUCAGUGAAUAUUAGAUUAACAGACUUGUACCCAGUCGCUUAAUUUAUGUGUUUUGGGGGUGAGAGAAGAUUGGAGGUUGAAUGUUGAAGAAUUUAUUCCAAAAAUGCCAAUGUGCGGCAGCCAAUGAAAAACAGGGGAUACAGAAAAACUCUAUUUAAAAAAUGGUUAUUAUCUCUUUACAGGAUGUAAUUGGCCACCUUUUGGAUGAUCUUGACAAGUAUCAUAGGUGUUUUUUCCCAGUUCUACAGUGUCUUCAUAUUGUGACCAACAAUCUGCCAAGAUACCCUCUUGGAAAGAAGGUGAUGUAAACUCAUCUAGUUUCCAAACAUCUAGCAAGUUUGUCUUUGUAAGGGAGUGGAACAUAAAAUUUUUAAUAUUAGGGGAAUUGUCACUUACAGUUUUCAGGGUGCAAAGAAAGUCAUUUUUAAAGCUUGCCAUUUGGGCCAGCUGAAGCUAGCAUAUAAACUAGAAAGGGAUAACCUCUUUUAUCUCCUUUUCACUUUUUCGAUUUGGAUUUGUGAAUAAACAGUUAUUAUUAUUAUUAUUAUUAUUAUUAUUAUUAUUAUAUUAGCCCAAACGUCAUUUCAACUAGCCUCAAAACCAUUUUGAUCAGCAGAAUUGAUUUCACAGUUCUUCUUUAAUUUAAAUUUCUCAGAGAUCUUCACUUGCCCGUUGGGCAAGUUAAGAACAAAAUUCACUAGCCCGACAGCAAAAUCCACUAGUCCCGGGCUACUGGACACUACUUUCUUUGCACGCUGGUUUUACUAGCAAAGUAAUAAUUAACUUCCUCUCUUACAUCCCUCUUCACUUUGUUGGGGGGACCACAGGGUUAGUGCACCAUAUUGAUUAUUGUUUCAUUGGUCACAAGGUCACACCUUGUCAUGGGGUUAUGACCUCUCGGUCUGUGGACCAAAUUGUGCUGUGCGACCAUUUAAAAGAAACCUCUUUGAAAGUGCUUUCACAUGGUACCAUCUGCCUUUUCAUUUCUUCAGUGUUUACAAAGUAACUCUCACAAUAUUGGAAUUUUGCAUAAUUUUAAAACCCAUAACUGGUUAGGAGAUAACUUUAAAAUAACAUGUCACCUCAGUGAGUUGUACACUUGAGCCUGCAAUACAGUCAUGAGACACAGGUCAGCAGAUACUCUUUUUGACAGCUGUCAAUUGACCAUAACAUGGAUGGCCAUAAGGAUGUUUACUAUCAAGUUAAACACAGAUUGUAUAUACCUUGGUCACCUAGCUGGUAAUGCCCAGUCUUUACAAGAAAAUAAUGCCUGCUUAGCAUCCAAUCAGAGCACGCAUACUAUUCUAUAGCCAUAUAAUAAUAAGUUGUAACAUAGUUAUUUUUUGAUUAAUCCAGGCCUGUGAUGUGUAUGAAAACAGUCUUGCAAAUAACAUCUAUGAUAAGGAAGAGUAUAAGGAAGCGAUGUCUCUACUGAGGUACAAUGGCUUUAAAGACAUGAUUUACAAUAUUUUACAAAUUUUUAAGUUUGGAGCCUUUUUUGCAGUGGUAUUUGUAAAAAUUGAUAUUUACUAAGACAAAUUUUUGUUUCCUUUGUGGUAAUUAUAUCUAUAGUGAAUCUAUUAAUUUUCUUGUCCAUUUUGGAAAAACGACCUGUUGAAAAACAAAACCACAGCGCAAAACUAGCGAGGAUUAAGUAAAAAAAUAUUGAAUACUGUAGCUACUGCUUCAUGCUGUUAGAAUCAGUUUACUGCAAGUAUUUUUUUUAUGGGAAGGUUAAUAUGGAUUUUCCCUAUUAAUAGAGUUUGCUCGAGAGAUGAGCUUCUUCCCCUACUUCAGAAAUGUGUUGAUGUUCUGGGGAAUGCUUUAGAAGGUACUGACCCUAAAAUGUGAGUACAAUCGUUACAUUUCAUGUUAGAUUUCUUGUUCUAAGCAGUGAGGACACAGAACUCCCUUCACCCCCAGAGGCAAUUAUUAGGCAGACUCAAGAAAGAAUGAUGAGACAGAGAGGGAAUCUUAAAGCAUUGGCCGGGAUAUGUGAUUUUCACUUAAGUUUUUUUCCUGGAACAUCCGCACAUUUUAUUUGAUUGUUUGAAACGCCAUCCAGUCAAUGCAUAACUACCUCAGCAAACAAUGGCGACACACCAAGAGAGCAUGUUUUCCCAUUAUUUCUCUUGACAUCACCGAAUAAAAGUUUGCCGACCCUUCUGGAAACCAACUUCUGAUUAAUUUCAAGCAUUUAAUUGGUGUAAAAAUAAAUUAUCCCUAGCUGUUCCAGUAUUCUCUCUUGGCAGACUCAGACAAGAAAAAAAUAAUAAUGAAUUGAUACUGGUGCAUCACUUAAGGUCUGUCAAUAAAAUCCUAUGAUGACAUGGCAGGUUUGUCUCCGCAUGUGUCACUAUUUCCAGGUAUUAAAUAAACAGGACCAAAAAUGACCCCUAGCCCUAAUCAGUAUUCAAAAAUGUUAUUGUGUUUGAAUGGAAACUAUUGGCUUUAGUUAGGUAUUGUUGGAGCAGUGAUUGAUUGUGUGCUCAUGACCAGUGUAACGUGACUUGUAAAAGAAUCUAUGGUGUGACCAUUUAAAUGAGAGUACCCUGCAUUAUUUGCUUUGUUUUGCAGCAUUUGUUGAUAGUUUAAAAAUAUGAUAUUCUUAUUGAAUUUUGAAAGAAGAAAUACAGUGGCAAAUUUAGGGAAGGGCCCAGGGGGUCUGGAUGCCCACCUUAUUUUAAAGUGGGGAUGUCACUAGGAUUUCAAGUUGUCAGGUAAAUACAACAAGUAGGCGGGGAAUGAAAGAGCUAGGGAUUUCUUUUGGUUCUAUUUUUCUUCUAUUUUACUUUGCAAGUAGCUGGAGGCCAUGUUCAUAAUAGCUGGGGAAAAUCCCUGGCCCCCAGCUUUUAAUGACAGCCUUGUCAAGGCCAAACUGAAGCUCCAUUGGGCUGCCCACUAGGCUGAGAAAAAUAUUGUUUUUGAGGUUGGGCCCCUCUCUUACUUGAAGAUCUGAAUCUGUCCCAGGAAUUGAAGUGUUCAAUUGGCAUUUUCUCUACACUGCUUAAUAUUUUUUGCUGGUUUUAGGCAUUGCCAAGCGCUAAAGGAAUCAAGAGAUCUUAUUGCCCGACUUGUUGGCCAGUUUGAAGAUCUUAGUGGUAAAGUAACAUUUUAAUUGGCUGUCUUGUCGAAAUUUGAUUUACCAGUAGUAGGACACCUUGGGAGUGGCAGGCCUGGGUUCAAAUCCUGGCCAGACCAACACUGAGGGUCGUUAAAUACCCAAGUAGAAUGGGCUACUGCCAUCAUCUCACAUCUGCAAAAGUUCAACACUUAUUAUUGACCUGACUCUUGUUGGAUAUGAAAGGACCACUAGGGAUGCAAAACUCUCUGGCAGUGGCCUGACCCAUAGUGUCUGUUUAUCACAGUUGUAGGAAUGGGUAAGGAUGGUAAGGUACUUCACAUGGGACCUGUGAGUCCCAUUGUGCCCAUACCCCCAAAAGGUAGGUCUGGACUCAGCCAAGCUGUUAAACUAAAUGUGUAAUGUACUGUAACAAAAGUCAUUGGUAUUUCAUUUCUUCUUGUCAGUAUUAUUCUUGCUUGAUCAAACAUACAGGUCAUGAGAGUGAGUAAAAAUAAUGAAAAUAGUACCACAAGAAUUAAAAAAAAAUGUUAGUGAACAGUAUAGGGAAUCAAUGUGUUGAUAUUAAGGUUUAGAACCCAAGAGGUUAAGGGUGGCACAGUUGCCUCCCAUCAAUGUAUGGCCUGGUUCAAGUGUUGGCAUUGAUGAUAUGUGGGUUGAGUUUGUCAUUUGUUUUUGUCCUUGUUUCAGGAGGUUUUUCUCCAGGUACUCCAGUUUUUUGCUCCCCUCAAAAACCAACACUUCCAAUUUCAAUUUGAUUUGAGACACAUUAACAUUUCCAAAGGAGUGUCUUGAAGUACCUAAGCACUUCAUGGGUAAACAAUAGUAUAAUUUCAUGCAAAUUUUCUUCCUUUUCAUUGGUCGAGAGCCCACCAUGUUAUCUGCAAAUAAUUGCCUACAAAUAAUGGUCUGCUCAUAUGCAAUGUCAUCCAACUGUGUUCGGCCACAAUUAUAUUCUGCUUAUCCUUGUGAACGCUCUUGCGUGAAAUAGCAGAUCGCUACGAUGACCUUUCAUAGAGCGAUUUGUGAUCGAACAAUGAAACAAUUAUUGAACUCAGAGGGCAACCUCAUCCAAUAUUUGUUGAUUUUUUUUUCUAAAAAUAAAUCAUCUAGAUGGCUUACAUGCUGCCUUUGUUUUUGUUUACCUUUGUUUCAAACAGACUUUACUGAAAGCCACUGUCCUUUAUACUUACAGCUGUUCAAGAGAAUCAAGAACAGAGAUCAAAUUCAAGUCAGAAGGAGGCACUUUCAACUGUUACAAAUAGAUUUGAACUGCAAGAGGUCUGUCAUAAGAACCAUAAUGAUUAUUAGUCAGUUAUUAUGAUCCCAGAUAAAUCAUGUAGGAAGGUUAUAUUCAAAUGCGCAAAUUCCUAGAUUCACAAACAUCAGUUUCCACUUCUAGAUCCAAGUGCUAAAUUUAUACUCACAUCAUAACUCACUGAUAUGUGCAUGAUUAGUGUACAGCUUUUCCUUUUUACUUUUCACAAGAUCUCUAACUCUUUUGUAUUUGUUUUUAUGGCAGAGACUCAUGAAUGCAGCAAAGCAGAAAAGGAAAGAAUCCCCAUAUGACAAGUUGCGGCAAAGAGCAAUAGACAUUUUAGAUGACAUGUUUAGGUAAUAUUGAAGAUCAGUAAAGAGUAUAGAAGAAAAAUACUGCAGAACAACUAAAUUAAUUAUCAAUAUAAUACCAAUGACAGUAAAUUAAUUUGCUAUUUGUUUUUUAUCAGAAAAUACCUCUCUUGUCCACGUAACCUGCCACUGAAUGAAGUUAUGUACUAUGACAAUGUACAAACAACAAGAAAGGUUUGGAUGCAACUUUUGUUUUAUGAUAUUUAUUUGAGUUUAUUUGCGCAGCUGGCUAUUUUUACUUUCAAUGUAUAUUUCCACUUGACUGUUAUUGCUACUUUGUUUUUUUUCCUUUUACCAGUAUGGGAUAAAUAAAUAAUUAUUGCAUUUUGUAUGCACUGUGCCAUCUUUUCAUAGUUGUUAAUGUUGAGUUUUCACUUGGGAAACAUCUUUCCCAGUCAUGUCUUUCAUAUUAAAUGAGUUAUUGUACUGAACACUGGAGUGUUGGAAUGUAUUGAACAGGUGUGCACUGAAGUUGUAAAUUAAUAAAAUAAGUGUCAGUGUAUUUAGAACAAAAGCGCUAUAGUCAAGCCAUAUGGUGAAAACAUUGUGCACUCUGGGGUAAAAGCACCAAAUUUGGCAUGGUAAUAGUACUUGGGCUGCUGAACAAUAUUAGCUAUGGACCCCAAUCAGGGGGGACAUUUUGUACUCAGGGGGUGGGGUGGUUGCAGUUUCCAAUUUAAGUGCGGUUAUUGAAAAGAACGCUGCUAUAUCAAUAGGGAAUGGUGUCCGAGGGAAGUUUAACAAGGUCUAUUUAAUCCAACUUUCUAGGUGGCGUAGGGGGGAAGGUUUCAACACAGCUUAGGGGGAGGGGUAGGAGUAUCUCUGUUUGCAUGUUUGUAUAAGUUUAUGUUGUGAGGAAGAAUACAAUGACCUUUCCUGAAUUCUGGGAUAAUUUUAAAUCAUUUAGCAAUUAGUUUCUCCUCUGAACUUAUUCUCCAUCUCCAUGGUAGUGGAGAUGGUGGUGGUGGUGUCUAUGGGGGGGGAUGGGUGGGUUUUUCCCGGUGUAGUAAGCGCAUGUUUCUUAUAUUAUCAGUUAAUCAACCUGUGGAAAUAAACUAGAUGAGUUAAUUUUUAUCAUCGUUACAUCAUUCAUAAGAGGGUAGCCGGGGUGUCGGUCCAGUUUCGCAUGUAAAUUUUGACACAUUUCACGUAUCACAUGCGUUAUAAACCAUUUUUCACAAUCCACGAAUUUAGUCAUCAACCAAAACCGGAAACCGCGCAUGAAAAGCCCCUCGCACCCAGGGUACCCGUUACUCAAAGGGGUAAAGAACCGAAAACCAUAGUCAUCAUGGAUCACACUUCGCAGUUCAGUAAAUGAUGGCAUCUUUUCUUAUCAGCAAGUCAGCAAGGUGAUCUUAAAAGGUGUUAACGAGCACUCGAAACCAUCGUCUCAUUGACAAAUACAAUCUAUUGGUACGAAACUACCGCUCUAUGCGACAAGGAGAUUUAAAAUCACAUUUAAAAUCAAAUUUAAAAUCACAUUUCUGUCAAGUUCAGUAGAAGCUCCUCGGUCUUCUUCUGAGUUCCUUUUGUGUCAUUGUAUUCCAACUCAACUCUCUCUCAAACGCGUAGUUCUUUUGGGACAUGUUUAAGCAGAAUCCUUUGUGGUGCAUUGCAUCACUUUUCCAUGCCCAGUAGCCCAUUGUCGCAUUACGCUUUGGUCACGUUUCGCACCCAGGGUAUCAUCUUUGCUAGGCAACUCUCUUGGUGUGCUGAUAUAGUGGAGAAGUUCUCGAGGUUUCUUCCCUUUUGUGCAAAUAGCCGGAACUUUUUUGGCAUCAUUGACUCUUUGACUGAGGUUUGUGUGGUCAGACACUAGGAUAACAAAUCUCUCAAGCACCAGGGCAUAGUGUCUUGAACACCCUUCAAAGUUUCCUAAGGGAUGUAAAAAGUUCAGUGGCUUCUCCAUAAGGCAGCCUUGUGGCCCAGGCGGUUUUCUCGUCCUAAGAAGGGGGAUGUCUGAUUGCAUUUUGUGAUUGCAUAAUAAAAGUACAACAUCCUAUAACACUUUUCAUCACUUGAUAGCCCUUAUGAUUGCUGUGCCAUGUAAAGAACCAGUUGCAGGAGGAAGAACUGGCCCCGGUUAUGGUGGAUUUUAUUGGCACCAGGAGACUUACAUAAAUUUGAAGUGGAUUCUCACGAUGAAACUUCGCAACGUUGAAUCACAAAGUUUAAAAAGCUAUCAAGAGCAGCUCGAUUCUUUAUGAUUUUGCUUGACUGUGUCUCAAUACUAGCUCCAUCGGUCCAGGAUGAUCUCAAUUAUACUUUUUAAAAACUGAGAGAUGUGAGGCUUGUUCACUAUCAGUGUUUCUUUCUGUGGCGUUCUUCUAAACAAUUGCAUUGUAUUCACUUAAGGCAAGAAAGACUUCGAGAAUAUCUCUAUAUGGCGUUAAAUCCACACAUUCCUGUUAUCAAAUGUGUCAAAGAUUUGUGUUGUGAACUUGCUGUGAAACAUCACAGCAAAUAUAGCACUGCUCCAGUCUCAGCUGACAUCUGCUGUCAUAUAACUGUUAUCAGACGUCUGAUUUUGUAUGUUAUGUUAUAUAACUGUUAUCAGACGUCUGAUGUUAUAUGGUAUGUAAUAUAACUGUCAUCAGACGUCUGAUAACAGUUAUAUGAUGUCAGACGUCUGCUAACAGUUACAAAAAUCAGACGUCUAAUAACAGUUAUAUGACAUCAGCCAUCUGAUGUCACAUAACUGUUAUCAGACGUUAUGUAACAUAACAUAACAUAUGAAAUCAGACACCAGACGUGUCAUGACAGUUAUAUGACAGCAGAUGUCUGCUGUCAUAUAACUGUUAUCACAGUUAACAGACGUUAACAGUUAAAACAUAACUGUCAUACUAUAACAUAACUGUUAUAUAACUGUUAUAUACUGUUAUAUAACAGUAUAUGUAACGGUUAUAUAUACUGUUAUAUAUAACAGUUAUAUAGCUGUUAUAUAUACUGUUAUAUAACAGUAUAUAUAACAUAAACAGUUACAAAGUUAUAUAACAGUUAUAUGUCAUAUAUAACAGUUACAUAACUGUCAUAUAUAACAGUUGUAUAACUCUUAUAUAACAGUUAUAUAACUGUUAUAUAAUAACUGUUAUAUAACAGUAUAUAUACUGUGUAUAACAUAACUGUUAUAUACUGUUAUAACAGAUAUAGCAGAUGUCUGCUGUCAUAUAACUGUUAUCACAGUUAACAGAUGUGAACAGUUAUAACAUAACUGUUAUAUACUAUUAUAUAACAGUUAAAUAACAGUUAAACCAGUAUAUAAUCAGUAUAUAACAGUUCUUUUAGUAUAUAACAGUUAUGUCAUAAUAACAGUAUAUAACAGUUAUAUAACAGUUAUGUUAUACACAGUAUAUAUACAGUAUAUAUACUGUUAUAUAACAGUAUAUAUAACUGUUAUAUGACAGUUAUAACAGUUAUAAAGUUAUAUAACUGUUAUAUAACUGUUAUAACAGUUAUGUUAUACACAGUAUAUAUACUGUUAUAUAACAGUAUAUAUAACUGUUAUAUGACAGUUAUAUAACUGUUAUAUAACACUGUGAAAGGUUUGAACCCAGGAGUCAUAUCAAAAGGUUGAGUUUGAUUGUCCGGGUGAACGUAGUCCUGAAUAGGACUGAUGUUGUUCACAGUGACUGACGUUCCGACAACCUGUGCGGUAGUCAUCUUCAGAGUCAAAGUGAGUUGUGUCACAUCAGUUGAUGGUAUUAUACUCUGGUUAUUGAUCUGACUAUUGGUUAUUGAUCUGGUUAUUGAGAUGACUACUGCACAGGUUGUCGAAACGUCAGUCACUGUCAACAACAACAGUGCUAUUCAGGACUAUGUUCACCCGCAGGAUCAAACUCAACCUUUUGUUAUAUAACAGUUAUAUAUAUACACUGUUAUAUAACUGUUAUAUACUGUUAUAACAGAUAUAGCAGAUGUUAUCACAGUUAACAGACGUUAACAGUUAUAACAUAACUGUUAUAUACUGUUAUAUAACAGUAUAUAACAGUUAUAUAACAGUUAGACCAGUAUAUAACCAGUAUAUAACAGUUAUGUUAGUAUAUAACAGUUAUGUUAUAAUAACAGUUAUGUUAUACACAGUAUAUAUACUGUGUAUAAUAUAUGUUAUAUACAGUAUACUGCUAUAUAACAGUAUAUAUACUGUUAUAUAACAGUAUAUAUAACUGUUAUAUGACAGUUAUAUAACAGUUAUAAAGUUAUAUAACAGUUAUAUAACUGUUAUAACAGUUACAUAACUGUCAUAUAUAACAGUUAUAUACCGGUAACUGUUAUAUAACUGUUUUAUAACAUAUUUGACAGCAGACAUCUGCUGUCAUAUAACUGUUAUCAGACGUCUGAUUUUAUAUGUUAUGUUAUAUAACUGUUAUAUGACAGUUAUAAAGUUAUAUAACAGUUAUAUAACUGUCAUAUAUAACAGUUGUAUAACUGUCAUAUAUAACAGUUAUAUAACAGUUGUUAUAUAACAGUUAUAUAACAUAUAUGACGGCAGACAUCUGCUGUCAUAUAACUGUUAUCAGACGUCUGAUGUUAGAUAUCCUUUUCUCCUCAACUCGGCACUUUUAUUUUUGAUAAUUGUAAAGAUGACAAUAGAGUGUGAGAGAGAUCAAUAUAUUAUUGAAAACAAGAGAAAACCAAAGGUUACGGAGUGAGGGCGACAACGAUGGUAGAUGAAAACGCUGUUACUCCAAUGCUGUGCUUCGCACAAGUUUCACUUGAUAGAUGUUCCAAACACGCAUGAUCAGAUUCUAAGUGACCAGAGAAGAUCCAGAUGCGAGUGAUCAAAUUGCUUUCUGUGAAUUCCAUUCAUCCUUAUAAGUGGAAGUCCAAAUGAAUGCUGGCUACAUAACUGCGAUGCAUGCAUAAUAAUAACCUGAAGAUGAAUACUGCGGGCUACUCUUGUCGCCCACAAUAAAAGUGGUUAAUAACUCCCCGUUGCAUGUCGUUGAAGGUCUCUGUAAGUGUCUCAUGUUUUAUUUUUGCGGUAGUUUGGCUGAGCAAUUAAAUUCCCAAAAAGUGCAAUACACUUCAAUCAAAGUGUAAAAAUGAAACAUCUUAUCUUUCCAAGGGUGAAAAACGGCAUACUGUCUCUCACAAACGAGAGAGCAAAAAGACCAGCCAUUCCUGUCCGCCAUGCAGAAUUUCCUUGAGUAGCCUGACCUUUUGUUUCUUCCAUGUGCAGUCUUGUUUGUUCUAUCAGGAGCUGUCUCAAAAAUAUUGAUGAAGUGUUUUGAUGUGUCAGGGGGUGCAUGUAUAAUAUUGUAAUGCUUUAACUCAAAUUAAUUCCGCCCUUCAGAACUCAACUUGCUUCUAUGUGGCUUUCCCUUGUGACAAGAAUCACUUACACACUCUUUUGAAAUAAUUUUAGAAAAUCUCUCAGAAAAUUAAUUAAGUAACAGGUAUUUUAUAGGGUUACCUUGCACUACUUUGAAGAAAAUGGGAAUGCAAAAGUUUUUUAGGCCGCUUUCUUCCCGUUUUUGAGUCUUUUCCAGACCAAAACAAAAAGGCCAUGACCCCUCCCCCACAAGGGCACAAUGUGCCUCUCCCCGUGCAUAUUUGAGUGGGGUCCAUAGCUAAAAAUAAUUAGUGCAACUAGUACUAACACUGUGCCGACUUUGAUGUUUUUACCCCAAAGUGCACAAUUCAGCUAUUUUUUUAAACCAUAUGGCUGGACUACUAGUAAAGGACACUAUACAUCCCCUACUGGAGACAAGACCACCAUUUUACAUGGUCUUUGAAGCCAUGUGAAGGUCAAGCCAUUUGCAUGGCAAAGGCAAUUAAACUUUCAUUCCAUAAUUAUUUUAAGACAAUGAGUAUAGGCUAACCUAGCUAAUUCUGCCAUUGAUAACAUUUAAUGUUUAUUCUGCAGUCAAGUCAUGUGAGAAAAUUUGAAUCAUUGUUUUGUCAUUAAUUAUAGCAUUUGGUUGGAAUGCCUCGUGUUGCUAUCCAGACAGCACUCAGCAAUCCUCAGCAUUAUCUUCAGGUCAGUAUUUGCUUGAUACAUGAUGUUAACACAUUUGAUUUGCAAGAAAGAAGCAUGACUGGAAAGUCAGAGGCGAGAGAUAAACCAUAGGCUAAAAUUUUCUUCUGUUGAGAAACAGCUCUUCUUUUUUCUUAUUUUCAGUGUCAAUGUUGUCAGACAGAUGUAGGAACAGUCCAGGAUACUUUACCAGACAUAUGCAUAGCUUACAAACUUCACCAAGAGUGUGGCAGGUUGAUUAACCUCUAUGACUGGCUUCAGGUAAAUAAAUGCACAUCAUAAAAAUUUUGAUGUUACUUUAGAUUAGCUGUUGGCUCCUAACCCUAAAAGCCAAUUGGUUUGAUACCCUAACUGUGAAACAAUGAGAAAUAAUGAUAAACAAUGUGUUAUUGUUUUCUGUGACCAAUGAGGAAGCACCUUACGAGCAGCUCCUACAUUACUGACUGUCGGGGGAGGUUCCAAUUGUCAGCCAGACCCAUAGGAUCUGUAAGUAACUUGUAAGACUUUGCUGGUGGUUGGCAAGGAGUUAAUUGACACAAUGUCUUAGCUUUGGUAACUUACUUGUAGUUUUAGUACUUGGGGAUGCAAAGCAGCCCUUAUCAAGAAACAUAAUGCCCAGACUUGGGGUCUGUUCUGUUUAUGUUCAUGGGUUGGGGGGGUGAAGUGGCAUCAUAAAAAUGUAGUGGUAGGCAAAUGUGGGUUCAAGCACAUUCCACCCAUAAGAGAUGGAACUUAAAGCAUUGUCAGAUUUCAUAUGAUGCAGGUCUUAGUACCAGUCUGUAUUUUAUGGGAUUAUGUUAUCAAUAUAAGACCCAAAUAGUCAGAAAGAGCUCACCAAGCUUUACAAAAUCCUGAAGUUUGGUGUUUAUUGUGCCGAUAUUGAAUGAGAUACAGCCAAUCAAAAACUCCACACAUCACAAAGAAUAAUGUAGAUGUCCAGACAAUACGUUUCUUAGAGAAAUUUAAAGAUUUGGAAUGUCUGUAUCUUGGCAAAUAUGAUGGGAAUUGUCCCAUAGCAAGGCAUCUUUGUUAUCAUAAAUAUUUUAUUAUUUACUUCUGCUUGGAUUCUGAGAGCCUACCAUGCCUUUUGUAUCCAAGUGACAAACAUUUGAGAGGUUGUCACACUUCUUAUUUUGAUGCUCAAAAGCCCUCUUUUUUUUCUCAGGCAUUUAUAGCUGUUCUUGAGCCCUCAACAGAACAGCAGUCCUCAAAAGGCACACCAAAGAAGAAACAGAAAACAGAUGAACAGCUUCAGUAUCUUUUUUUUUCAUUAAUUUAAUUCCUUACCUAACAGUUUUGUAAGUGCCUGAUUUGCCAUGCAGGCCCUCUGCAGUUUCUGGCAUGUUGAGACCUCUAAUGCAUGUUUUUUUACUAUUACUUUGGAAAAAUUUCCAAAGUAACCGUUAAAGUUUCUUAAUUUACCUUAACCUUACUUACAGCGCUCGCUUCAUUCAAGCAGUCUCUGAACUACAAUUUUUAGGAUUCAUCAAAUCAACUCGACAGAAAACUGAUCAUGUACAAAGGCUCACAUGGGGUGCCUGUUGACAGAGAAUCACGUUAUAAUAUUUUGAUUCCCAUAAUUCUAGGCUUUACACUUACCGUAUCUGUAAUGUUUGCCAGGACUUACUACCUAGGCUACAAAAACGCCUUCAGCUAAAUCUGAGUGGCACUAACUGAUCAUUAGCAUGAAUUAGUGGUUUGUCAUGAUGUAUGUUAGAGUUUUAAAGAGCCACCACCAUUUUUUUUGUGGUCUGCCAUAUCUAACCACACAGGAAGAAGUGUGGCUGAGGGCCUGCAACAAUGAUGUUCAGUAUACACUAAAGGCAUACACGCUCAUAUUUACAUGAGUCAGGGUUGAGC